AGCUCAGUCGAGGACAAAGAACCGCCGGAAAGGUCUCAAGGAAGCCGAUAGACUUAGACGCGUACGGUUCCAAAAUCAACGACCAACAGGCAAAGGGCCUGCAACAUUUCCAGGCAGCAGAGACAGCGCGUGCACACAGCUGUAGCCAGCGCCCGGCCCAUGUCGUCCUGUCGGUUCUGACCAGUUGAAAGCCCAUGGAGAAGCGUCGCAGUGUAUUCUCGUGAUGGGCUCCAUAUGGUCCGACGCAUACCUAUCCAGUGAGAAAGUUCAACUAGUAGGUCCGGACGGGUUUCGACGUAGAUGAUCAUAAGAAGCCGAUGGCGAUAGCAUAAAGCGAGCCAUAUGAGCGCGUUCACCAUCAUGAUACCCCACGAAGCAGUAGGGACCUCCUUGCAACUACCCUAACGAAUAUCCACAGGGAUCAGACCCCCCAGCCAGUCCAAUUGCAUCAAGCAAGAGCUUCGCUCAACGUUUCCCCACGAGAAACCUGCCAAGCCUUAGCAGUCUGCGUUCUUGUGGUCCAGCAGCAACGUGGGUGGCCCAAGAGAAAUGGAAGCGUUGACCUGGACGGCCAAACUAUGAGAUAAAGUCGCAGUAUGGCCCGGGUCUGGGGGGUAUGCUCUUCUUUCUGUUCCUGUGUGACAACGUCAUUGGCGGAGGAACCGAGGCUGCAGCACUCCGAAACCCUUGGACUAGCCUGAAUCCUAUGAAGUAUCCCGCAAACUUUGCCAUUUUCUUCGUCCUCUUUGUAAAUGAUUACUGACUUUUCGACAUCUCCGUGAACGAGGGUCCGCACAAGUACUUAAGCGGUUACGAUCCGAAGAUGGACAAUACGCAUGCCUUCGAAACGGCGGCGCGUUUCUUUGUUUUAUGCUAAACGACAUGAUGAAGAUCAAGGAGAGUUUCACUGUCCUCGACGUCGUAUUUUUACAGCUAGAACAAGAAAGGAAUCCAGUCACAUCCUUAGAGUUGUACCUGGCUAUAUUAUUGUUACCCGACUAGAGUAUGUACUUAAUUAGGAAAGUUGAAAGCUUCCUCUAUCAACUACUGAGCAUGGAGUUAGUUAUCCUUAUCAUCGACGUAGCCGAAGAACAACAACACCAACACAAAACACAAUCAGCUUCUAAUAAAGAAUACCAUUUUGGUCCAUUCGAUGGCCCUGUUGUUUGUGAUGACGUACGUCAGCGCUUACUCGAUCCUGCGCCCCUUCAUUUUGCUGCACUUGUUGCAGUGUGUAACCACCGAGCUUUUUGUGAGACUGUCACAAGGAAUUUUGAUGCCACCAGACCGACAACUACGUGGAGUAAGCCGUCGUACCUACUAAGACGAGAAGAGGGGAUGGAUGAAACUGCUAAUACUAGCGGAUUACAAUCAUCUGGGUGAUGGUCCGUUAGAUAUAAACGUAUUCUAUGCUAUUGCGCAUGCUUUUUCCAUGAGAUUCCCACCUGUUGUAUGAGUUAUUUUUACGUGUAGCUAGUCAAGCAAACAAAGCUUUUUGUAAAAGUAAAAGUGAGUACUAGAUGAAGUUCAAGUUUUUAAUAACUUAGAAUCCGUUAGAAGUAUGGAAUAACACUAUGCCAAAAGCGAGCAUAGAAAAGUGGUUUUUUAGCCAAAAAACGCAGAUAAAGCCCAGGGAUCAGUUGGGCCAUAUUCGUCUCAAAAUGGAAAACUUUCAUUUUGAGGCGAAUAAUGUACAAAAAAGCGCUUUUUUUGCGUUUUUUGUACGUUAUUCAUAGUUGUUUAUGUAUAGCUCCGCCUGGCUAUGGCUUCACUCUGUGGGGCACACGCUCUCAGCGAUGUAGCUCAGCCAUCCCUUCUAUAAUCAAAAGUUCUACAUCGAGGUCGUUUUGAUUGAGACAGAAUCCGACUUUCAGUAUCGCAGCAACAUGGUUUCUGGAGUCACGGUCCAUAUCCAAGAUAGAAUAGCAAUUUAGUGUAAUCAUGGAGGAUUCAAUGGCUUCUACGUUAAGCAGACUAGGGAUACUUUUCCUUGCAAUUCCAAUUCGAAUUUUUUCCAUUUUGCUUUGCAGGUGAUAAUAUCUGUAGCAUCUUUUAUUGAUAAUAUGGUGAUGAGUCAAAGACAGUGGUCCAGAUCCAACCAAACGAUCGGAUCUGAUGACCACUAUAACGGCUCAUACUGAGCAAUGUAAGGACUUAAUAACCUGAAGAUUUAUCUUUCAAAUACAAAUGCAUAUCAUAUCCAAGGUUUCUUGCCCUUGCACACUGCAUCGAUGCCAC